AUGGGCAAACUCGAUGGAAAGAUUGCUCUCAUCACGGGUGGUUCUGAGGGUAUUGGUUUGGCUACGGCUCAGCGAUUCCUCGCUGAAGGUGCAGCGCAUGUCUUCAUUACUGGACGACGCAAAGAAGCCCUUGAUAAAGCUGUGAAAACAUUGGGUGGUAAAAAUGUAACCGGAGUACAAGGUGACACAUCCAAUCUGGCUGAUCUCGACAAGUUAUACAGCUUGAUUCAGAAGGAGAAGGGUCAUCUGGACAUUCUUUUUGCCAAUGCAGGUGUAGGAUCAGUCACACCGCUCGGCUCGAUCACUGAAAAACAUUUUGACGACACUUUCAACGUUAAUGUGAGAGGAGUACUCUUCACCGUCCAAAAGGCUUUGCCAAUAUUCACCAAUGGUGGAUCGAUCAUUCUCAAUGGAUCUAUCGCAUCCGUCAAAGGGACGCCUGGUAUGAGCGUCUACUGUGCUACGAAGGCAGCCAUUCGCUCUUUUGCGCGCUGCUGGACGGUGGACCUAAAAGAGCGCAAAAUCCGGGUCAAUACUGUGAGUCCAGGACCAAUCGACACACCCGCAUUCAGAUCUCUAGGACGCAACGAAGAAGAACACAAAGCAAUCGCCGCCAGCCUCAUAGCUGGUACUGUAAUGAAUCGCAUUGGCGAGUCUGAUGAAGUUGCCAAAGCUGUCGUCUUUCUCGCUUCGGAUGAUAGCAGUUAUGUGACGGGCAUUGAACUUUUCGUCGAUGGAGGAACAGCACAAAUUUAA